CCGUAUCGAUACAUGGAAGUGCACGCAAUCUGCCUUGUAGAUUUCGUUUUGUCGUUUUUUCACUGUUCAAACCCGAGGGGGCGGGACAUGCCCGACAGCCAAACAGGACGGGGAACGGUCGCGAGAUCGCUGGUGGCCCGCAAAAUGGGGCGCGAGAUAGGGGGUAAGGGGCGCGGCAAGUGCUUGGGUAAAAGUCGCACACGCUCUUUCUCAGCGGCGUUGGGCGUGAAGGCGGGGGGAGUUCCGUUUCGUUUACACUCGGCCCAGAACUUUCGUUCACACCCCGCCCUCCAACGUUAUGGUCCAACUUUGGAAGUCGAGAGUAGCUAUACCAUAGACAAUGUGAAGACGAAGAUACAAGGAAGGGAUUCCUCCGGAUCAGCAGAGACUCAUCUUUGCGGGAAAGCAGCUUGAAGAUGGCAGAACCCUCGCAGAUUAUAACAUCUAGAAGGAGUCCACCCUACAUCUUGUGCUGAGACUUCGUGGAGGAAUCAUAGAGCCUUCGCUGAUGGCUCUUGCGAGGAAGUACAAUCAGGAGAAGAUGAUUUGCCGCAAGUGCUAUGCGAGGCUGCAUCCGCAAGCGGUGAACUGUCGGGAGAAGAAGUGUGGCCACAGCAACCAGCUGCGGCCCAAGAAGAAGAUCAAGUGAGAGAUGCUGCUCGCUUUCGGUGUGAUAGUCCUUGUGCUCCAAGUUGUGUCAUUUCGAGUGUCGCUGGCUCUCGAGUGCCAAAGCAG